UCAGGAGUUCUUGCAGCAUACCCUGACCGUAUCGUGGGAGGGCAUCCCACCACGAUUGAGAGCUAUCCCUCCAUGGUGCAAGUGGAGUUGCUGAACCAAAUAACUAACAUCUGGUCACAGAACUGUGCUGGAAGCAUCCUUACUUCGAGGUUCAUCUUGUCAGCUGCUCAGUGCUUUACUGGAUGGAAUUUGGACUUCCCAUACCGUCGCAUUCGAGCUGGUGCCACCUACCGUAACGUGGGGGGCAGCGUGGUAUACGUGGAUGCAGCGGUCAACCAUCCCCUCUACGGCUCUAACGGCCUAGAAGCCGACGUCAGCGUAAUCGGGCUGUCAUCCCCGCUGAUCUACAGUCACACCAUUAGACAGGCUACCAUCAUUAUUCCUAAUUCUGUCAUUCCUGAUAACACCAGGGUGGUACUUGCUGGCUGGGGACGGAUCUCGGCUGCCGGUCCGAUCUCCCACAUCAUUCGUGACGUCACAGUCUACACAAUCAACAACAGACUGUGCGCUGAGCGAUACUCCAAACUGGGUUGGCCAAUAAUUGUCACCUCCAACAUGAUCUGCUCCGGUAUCCUCGACGUGGGUGGCCAGGAUGCCUGCCACGGCGACUCCGGUGGACCAAUGUACCUAGGCAAUGUGGUCAUUGGCAUUAUAUCCGGUGGAUACAGCUGUGCCAACUGCACUUUUCCUGGAAUUAGUACCUCGGUUGCGUCUUACACUGAUUGGAUUGUUAAUACUGUUAACGGGUGGUCUUACUCGUAG